GUGCUGGUGCUGCCGCUGGCCGCGCGGGUCGACGAGCGGCGGCUGGCUUCCAUGCUGCACACGGGGCGCAGCCGGGUGCGGCUGGCUCCCGCCGCCAGCCUUGUGCCGCUGUGUGGGUACACGGUCGGAAACGUGCCGCCCUUUGGCCACCGCUCCCGCCUCCCAGUCAUCGUGGACGCCUCGGUGCCAGCCUUUGACAGCUGCUACGCCGGCGGCGGCAGCGACAAGGCCGAGGUGCUGAUCGCUGUGCCGGAGCUGCUGCGAGCAACGGGCGCCACGGUAGCCGACAUCGCC